AGAAGCGAAGCCUAUCUUUCUAAAAACACGCAACAAAGAAAAGAAAAAUAUAUGCAGAGAACAACCAUAGAGCUCUGCAUAAUUUUGUGCUGAGCUUGCUACUUCUUGCUCAUAGAAUCAACCUCUAGCCAGUCUUUUCUAUUCUGUUUCAAUUCUUGGUGAGUUUUUGGAGGGUGGUUCCGUUGUUCUGGUAGAAGGGACUAGAAGAAGUUACUAGUAAUACUAGCUGGGAUGUCUUCUACGAACAAAGCAAUAUCUCUUGAGGAGACGCCAACAUGGGCUGUUGCUGUGGUCUGCUUCGUUUUGGUUGGCAUUUCAAUCUUUAUUGAACAUCUAAUUCAUGUUGUAGAAAAGUGGUUGAAGAAAAAACACAAGAUAGCUUUAGUUGAAGCGCUUGAAAAAGUUAAAGCAGAGCUCAUGCUUAUGGGAUUCAUAUCCUUGUUCCUAACAAUAUUACAAGGACCAAUCUCUGAUAUCUGCAUUCCAAAAAGUGUUGCAGCCACUUGGCAUCCUUGCGAUGCUAAGCAGGAGGAGAAAGCAAAAGCGGAAAAGUCAUCAGAUUCUAAAGACAAUAGUCGAAGGCUCCUUCAGUUCUUGGAUUCUGGAGAAAGUCAUAGACGUUUUUUAGCUUCAAAAUAUGACACAUGUGAAGAGGGUAAAGUGGCCCUCGUAUCAUCAUAUGGAAUCCACCAGCUCCAUAUUUUCAUCUUUAUAUUAGCAGUUGUACAUGUGCUCUACUGCAUAAUUACCUAUUUCCUAGGCAGAACCAAGAUGAGGAAGUGGAAGACAUGGGAGAAUGAAACAAAGACACUUGAGUACCAAUACCAUAAUGAUCCAGAGAGGUUUAGGUUUGCAAGAGACACAUCAUUUGGAAGGAGGCAUAUGCAACUAUGGAGCAACUCACCAGUUCUCCUUUGGAUUGUGUGUUUCUUCAGACAGUUUCUUGGAUCAGUAAAUAAGGUUGAUUACAUGACAUUGAGACAUGGAUUUAUCACGGCACAUUUGGCCCCUGGAAGCGAAACAAGAUUUGACUUCCAAAAGUACAUCAGCAGAUCACUUGAUGAGGAUUUUAAAGUUGUGGUGGGGAUCAGUCCAAUUAUAUGGUUCAUGGCAGUGUUGCUCCUGCUGACCGAUACACAUGGAUGGAACUCUCAUCUUUGGUUACCAUUCAUUCCUUUAGUUGUAAUUUUAUCGAUAGGAACUAAGCUACAAGUGAUCAUAACUCAAAUGGGACUAAGGAUUCAAGAGAGAGGAGAUGUGGUCAAGGGUGCUCCCGUUGUUCAGCCAGGCGAUGACCUAUUCUGGUUUGGACGCCCACGAUUCCUUCUCUUUCUCAUUCACCUAGUUCUUUUUCAGAACGCGUUUCAGAUUGCUUUCUUCAUAUGGAGUGUGUAUGAGUUUUCAAUAAAAUCCUGCUACCAUGCUCGCACUGAGGCUAUCGUCAUCAGAAUCGCAUUGGGGGUCAUCAUACAGAUCGUCUGCAGUUACGUGACUCUGCCUCUCUAUGCUCUAGUGACCCAGAUGGGUUCUAGCAUGAGACCAACAGUGUUUAACGAUCGUGUGGCAGCAGCACUCAAAACCUGGCACCAUACAGCCAAAAAGCAAAGUAAACAUGGCAAGAAUUCUGAGUCUCACACACCGAUGUCAAGCAGACCACAAACUCCCUCUCAUGGUAUGUCGCCAAUUCAUCUCUUGCGUAACCACCGCAGCAGCACUGCCCCUAAUAGCUUCCCGAAUUCUCCAAGGCUUUCGAAUCACGACAACAAUGAUCAAUGGGAUACUGAAGCAAAUUCUGUACAUGAUUAUGAACUCAAUGAGUCUGUAAACCAUGGAAGUCCUGAUGUUAGGGACCAAGUCACACAUAUUCAAGAUCCAAACUCGAUCCAAUUGCCUCCAGGGCCUGGCUCCAUCCGUACCCAACACGAAAUUAACAUUGGCAGUGCUCGUGAUUUCACAUUUAGGAGAUGAUAGCAGAAGCAUACAGGAUUUAUUCAGCAAACGUUAUUUACUUGUCAUGUGUUCAUUUCUUGUACGUGAGAAAAAUAGAAACCUACUUGUACAGGAUUUAUAGCACCACAUAUGGGUGGUGAUUUUGCCACGCUUUUCACGCU